GAGCAAGUACCGCGGCACGUGAGGAGGGCCAGUCCUGGUGGUCGAACGGGGAGGAUGAACGGGACCGCAGCGCUGCUGCGCGGCCCAGAACAGCAUCCUGGCAGGUUCGCCGACUACUUCGUCAUAUGCGGCCUCGACAAGGACUCCGGCCUCGAGCCCGACAAGUACUUCGGUGACUCGCUGCAGUGCACGCCGCUGGACCGAGCCUACAAGAGCAAAGUACUCGGCCACUACCCGGAAGCCGUGCCAUGGAAUUCCUUCGACGAGCACGCGGUCUGCAUGCUCUGCCUGCCCAGCGGUUUGCGCUUCCGCACGCAGAAGCACUCGGUCGAGCCGAGCUUCCAUUCGUUCGUCCUGACGAAAGAGGACGGCCACAGGACUUAUGGUUGCCGUAACCGUAAGAUUUGCGCGGCCAUGCAGACUCUCCAGGCGAUGUUCAUCACGGAGCUGAGCAGCGGCCAAAACGGCACACCACCCCAGCCACGCAAAGGACAAGAUGGACACAAUACCAGAUCGUUACCUAGGCAUUUUAAAUUAGCGUCGCACUCUGCCGCGGCCGCUUUAGCCUACUACGACUCGACCAAAGAUAAACUUUUAGUUACUAAAUCGAUAUCGCUCAUUUGUCAGCAGCCGUACCUCUAUGCUGCCAAGAUGUUCCUAACAAAUCUGUAUAAAUGCGUUCCUCGUCAUCCCGGGCCUGGCUUCAGCCUCGAAUCCUACGUCUAUAACCUGCUGUACAAUGUGCCGACACCUCUCCCGGGCAAGUCCCUCAAGUUCUACGUGCCGAACGAGGAGCCGGCCAAGUCGCCCCUCGAGCUCGUCAUCCACCAGCCCCAGCUAAGCCAGGAGCUGCCCCUCCUCGACUACUCCCUCAAGGACGUGUUCGGCUGGCUGGGCAUCGACUGCGUCAUACAGCUCUUCACCUGCGUCCUGCUCGAGAACCAAGUGCUCAUCCGCAGCGCGGACUUUCACAAGCUCAUGGUCGUGUCCGAGUGCAUCACCGCCCUGCUCUUCCCCUACUCCUGGCAGCACGUCUACGUGCCCAUUCUGCCCGCGAGUCUCUAUCAUUUUCUCGACGCUCCCGUGCCCUUCAUCAUGGGCCUGCACGCGCACAACGACACCGGCCUCCUGAAAAUUGCCAGCGAGGCUAAUCUGUGCUACGUGGACAUCGAUAAGCAGAGUAGCCAGUUUCCCGAAGAAUUGCCAGUGUUCCCGCAUAAGAUGCAGUUCGUAGAUGAAAUUAGAACCUAUUUGCACAAGUACAAAGUUCCGUAUUUAGAAAAGACUGAUAAUAUCUUUGCCAACUACUUGAACGGCGGUGACAUAAUGACGAGCAGCCUGACUCUUCCUGGAUCGGGAUUUUAUUAUCCAAAGAGGAAGCACUCGCUGCACGACAUACUGGAUUGGGAUAGAUCAGAUUCGAUUCCACAAUCCGACGCGAUCCAGAGGAUCCUCGAGAGCGUUAAAAGAACGGGCGUGGAGGUAGAGGACAUCGAGUCGAUCGAAAAUCCGCCCAAAGGCAAAGUACUGACGAAUCAAGAGGAGUAUCAAGAGACAUUGGUCUUCAACAAUGCGAUAAGGGAAAUAUUUUUAAAUCGCUUUGUCCAAUUGUUCUCCAGCUACGAGCAUUUCAUUAUCCAGCCGAGUCAGGACAAGGACGAGUGGCUAAAUAAUCGUGACAGUAUGCACUUAUUUGAUAAAGCAACGUUCCUUUCCGAACAGCCAGCUCAUCACUUGCCAUUCUUAUCGCGUUUCAUCGAGACGCAAAUGUUUGCCUCCCUCGUUGAUAGCAAAGUCAUGUCGAUGUGGAACGAGCUCGAUUCCAGCAUAAAAUUAUUCGACAAGAGAGUCGGGCAAUUAAAGAAACGAGUGGGCGAAGGUAUCGUUCGAUCGACUCGUUACGAAAUUUGCACCACCGUACCGGAAACGCAAACCGUUAUCGAGCAGAGGCUUAACAACGUGGACUUUGAAGUUAAUCCACCUACGGAAGUCAUACCUCACCGAGCAGCUUACUUUCGCAGCUUUCCUUUAUUAGAUAACGUCGCUUUAAAUAAAGAGCCGACCCAAAGCAGUAGGAGAGGGCAGACGCAGUGGAAGUACAAAAUGAAGUCGCUCGAAUCUAAUGGGAAGCCGGCAACGGUCCAAGAGACGUUGUCGCCUCGACCUCAGGCCAAGCUCUCCUCGGCCGACAUGAGUCCAGCUCUUAUCGCACAAGCCAAUUGGACGUUCGUGGAAACCUUACUCAAAGACUGUAAGGCGAAAACCAAGCGAAUGCUCGUGGAGAAGAUGGGCUCGGAGGCCGCGGCCUUAGGCCACGGCGGCGAGUCAUUAUCCGACGUGGAGGAGAACACCCUAGUGGCCAGUCUCUGCGACCUGCUCGAAAGAGUCUGGAGCCACGGCUUGCAAAAUAAGCAGGGGAAAAGCGGACUCUGGUCGCACCUCGUAAUGUACCAACAGCUCGAAGAGUGCAACGACAGCAGUGGCAAGUCUGCCGAUGCCAAUUACCUGUCGCCUGCUAAGAAAACGCCCAAUAAGUUGUCUCGAUUGUCGGAUCGCUUGGUUUCUACCUUAAAGAGCAAAAACAUUUACGAAAUAGCUUCUUAUUUCAAGGAAAAUAUCAGCGACUUGUCGAACCUCGCCCUGGAGACGGAGACGUCGCCGAGCCGCCCACCCGAGCGCCACAAGUCGCCCUCAAAUACCGGAGAACGUCGCUCCAUAGGCCCGGAACACUUGAAGCCAUUGCCCGACUCUCUCAUCUUCGACAUCAGAAACGUCCAGGCGAUGACCGACAUAAAAACUCAUAUUGGCUACGCGAGGGCCUGGGUCAGACUCUCCCUCGAGAAAAAGCUUCUCUACAGGCAUCUCAAAGCCCUUUUGUCCAACACCGCUCUCCUCAGGAGCCAGUACAAGAGGUCAGCUUUCUUAAGGUGCGAGGAGGAAAAGGAGCAAUUCCUAUACCAUCUCCUCACCCUCACUGCCGUCGACUAUUUCUGCUUUACGAACAACUAUCCAAUGACGAAAUUGCCGUACCGCGUGAUUAUAUUUCCCAGCAGGAAGGCGAGCGCGGCGACGACGACGGCCAACAGUUGGAUCGCCAUAUCCGGAACACUUUGCGAAACGAAUCCCGUGACGAUACCGAAGGGAGCAUUAGAAUUCGUCUUUCACCACAAGAACCUGGGCGUAUUGUCGACGCUGCGCAUCGGCCACGACAACACGGGUCUCUCGCCCAAGUGGAUGGUGGAGCACGUGGUGGUGCGCAACGAGGUAACCGGCCACACGUUCAAGUUUCCCUGCGGGAGAUGGCUUGGCCGGGGUAUCGACGACGGCUCGACCGAGCGGCUCCUCGUCGGGGCCAUCGUGCCCAAGAGCAUCGACAACGACGAGCUCGUGGAGACAUGCUCGACGCCACCGAGGUGCAGGUCGCCGAGCAUACCCAGGCGACCAACCCUGUCGCACAACGAGCUCAAGCACGCGCUCGGCGAGGCUGUAAAUGGAAUCGUAAAGUACCAUUAUCGAAAGGAGCCCCAGGAUGGUUCGCUAACGGCAUUAUUGUGCGGCGAAGGGGGGCUCGUUUCAUCAUUGGAGCAAAUUUUUCUUUACGGCUUCAAGAAUCAGAGGAUAUUUGGCCGAAAUUUCUACGUCUGGGACUAUUUAAUACGAGUGAAGGAAAACUUUGAGAUGACAUUGUUGGAGGAAAUGGACGAGUACUCGCAGCGCCUCAAUCGGGACAAGCGAUUACACAUUGAAAGGAAUCAGAAGUUCGGCAUUUUAAGAUGCUACUGUCACCUGCUCGAUCAAAUAAAUACUUUUAGCCAGACCCUUGGCAAAGACGGGAAAUUCCAACUGUUUAUCUGCUUGGCUACGAGAGAGCAGUUAUUGCAUCCAAUGUUACGUCCAAUGAGCGAAACCCGAUCGACCAUCGACAUGUACGAAGAAACUUCGUUUUUGCGAAAUCCGACGUUACUGAGCUUUCUCGUACAAAUUCUCGAGCCACUCGGUGGCUUUCACAUAGUCCUCGAAAAAAGUCUAACUCACGGAAUCUCGAGUUUAUGCUGAUGAUGAUCAGAUCGUCAAUCGGCUUAAACUAAUGUCGAUUUACAUUGAGAUGAGAGGAAAUGCGACAGAGGUCCCCUUCGCAGCUGCUUCCAAUGUAUCGUCGUCGUCGUCGUCGUCGUCGUCGUCGUCGUCGUCGUCGUCGUCGUAACGUUUUUUCUUUUCUCUUUACUUUUGUCCCUUUUUCAUUUUGUUUUGUACCAUUAAUUAAUCUGCCCUCUGAGAUACGUCGACCAUGGCGACAAUACGC